UGAUCUUAUAAUGAAUAUUCACACAAUAGACGAUUUAGAUUAGUGAAAUAUAAUAUGGAGUGGGCCUUACAAAGGUGUCACUCUUCACUUUAUGAACCUGUGUUGACAGAAGUGUGAGAAUAUAGCUUAGAAAGCAAGCUAAUGCCCACUUGACAAUAUUCCUCCACUUUUAUCUAUAUAUAGUGGGGAGAAAUAUACCAUGUUUUGAAAGUGGACAAGGCAAAGCAAUCUUCAACUUUGACCAGCUUCCAACUGAUACGUACAAUGACAUUUACCAAUAUGCUGAAGGCGUUGGGUUUGCUCAACAAUGGUCCAGCUCCAGAGCAAUGCUACAAUCCAAAUAGUACCAGAGGCACUCCUGCACCUGCUACUUCCAAAGGAUAUAAUCAUCCAGGUUAUUCUCCUCCUCCUCCUCCUCUUCCUAAUGUGGUUAAUGGCUAUCCAGUCAAUAAUAAUUACACUCCUAAUCCUGCUCCUAAUGCGUACUACUACUAUUAUCCCACACAACCAGCCCCAACUAAUCCUUCAGAAAUAAGCCAUGAUAAUGUGACGACGUUUGUUCCUCAUGGACAUGACAUUAGUGAGGGCUUAAAGCCACCCAAUGCAUAUGACAAUAGUUCCUCAAUUGCUGGACCUGACCAACCGGCAAAUUCGAAAAGUAGAAUUAGUACUUGUGCUAAUCCCCAGCUGCCCAAGAGUAAUGGAAAAGUUGACAAGCACAAGAAUAUUGGAGAAAAGAAUGGCAAGAAAAAGAACGGGAAAAAAAAGAGUUCCAGAUCAAGCGGCGAUUCAUUCAAGGUUCAUGGGAAUACUAUUAAUGGAGGCAAAGGCGACAAGGUUGGAGUUUUCGACUUUGGUAACAAGUAUAGUAGAGGCGGCAAGAAGAGAGAUGAAGAAGAAGAAGACUCGACUGAAGAAGAAACUGACUCCGGUACUGAAGACGAAAGAGAUUAGUUCUGAAGUAAUUACUACAUAUAUGAUGGCAACAGUAAAUAAUGGAGUUGUCAAAAUAUAUAGGCAACUUACAUGGUACUUAAAGAUCAAAUUCAAAGCAAAGGACCCACUAGUGUAGUGGUUUUUGGAGU